ACAAAUUUUCUUAUUUGGAAAUGGAAGAAUACAAAUGAUACAGAGAAUGUGCUUAACACUACAUUUUAGGGUUGAAAAACAGAAAUGCUGACUGCAACACAGCCUCUGUGUCUCCACAAAUCUCUGAAAAUAAACAAGACCCAAUUGCAAAAGCAAAAACAAUUUCAUCGAGACACAAAACCCAACCUCGUUUUCCCGAAAUCAUCCCCAACGCCACUCUUAAUCAAUCACAAACCCCGCAAUCACACCAAACUUCAAGCCCUUGAAGCCCUUCUCCGCGACCUCCAGGCCUCUAUACAAGACGGCAUUACAGUCGAUGCCCAGAUCUUUUCUUCGCUUCUUGAGACUUGUUUCCAAUUACAGGCCUUUGAUCAUGGUAUCCGAAUUCACCGCCUUAUACCCACCAGCCUCUUACGUAAAAGUGUUGCUCUUUCAUCCAAGUUGCUUAGGUUGUAUGCGUCAAUUGGGCGGAUCGAGGAAGCCCAUCGACUGUUCGAUCAAAUGUCUAGGCGAAAUCGCUCGGCGUUUGCUUGGAAUUCGUUGAUAUCUGGGUACGCUGAACUGGGUCUGUAUGAAGAUGCCAUGGCACUUUACUUUCAGAUGGAGGAAGAGGGUGUUGUGCCGGACCGGUUCACGUUUCCACGAGUGUUGAAAGCUUGUGGAGGAAUUGGCUCGAUUUCGGUAGGGGAAGAGGUGCACCGGCAUGUUGUUCGUUGUGGCUUUGCGGAUGAUGGGUUUGUGCUCAAUGCGCUUGUUGACAUGUAUGCCAAGUGUGGUGACAUUGUGAAGGCUCGUAAGGUGUUUGAUAAGAUUGUGUGCAGGGACUCGGUUUCGUGGAAUUCGAUGUUAACAGGCUACAUUCGUCAUGGGCUUCCUUUGCAGGCAUUGAGCAUCUUCCGCCGGAUGCUUCAAUAUGGAUUUGAGCCGGAUGCUGUUGCUAUAUCUACUGUUGUCACUGGCGUGCCAUCACUAAAACUGGCAGGGCAAAUUCAUGGAUGGGUUCUUCGGCGUGGAGUUCAGUGGAAUUUAUCUAUUGCUAAUUCUUUGAUUGUUCUGUACUCAAAUCACGGGAAAUUAGAUCAAGCUUGUUGGUUGUUUGAUCACAUGCCGGAAAGGGAUGUUGUGUCAUGGAAUUCUAUAAUAUCUGCUCACCGGAAAGACCUGAAAGCUAUAACAUAUUUUUCACGGAUGCAGAAGGCUGAUGUGCUGCCAGAUGUGGUUACAUUUGUGUCAUUACUAUCUGCUUGUGCCCAUUUAGGUUUGGUUAAGGAUGGGGAAGGGUUAUUUUCAAUGAUGAGAGAGGACUAUGGAAUGAUUCCAAGCAUGGAGCACUAUGCAUGUAUGGUGAAUCUAUAUGGAAGAGCAGGAUUGAUUGAGGAAGCCUAUGAAAUCAUUGAGAAGAGAAUGGAGUUUGAGGCCGGUCCGACUGUGUGGGGAGCCUUGUUGUAUGCUUGUUACUUUCAUCACAAUGUAGAUAUUGGAAAGAUAGCUGCAGAGUGUCUUUUUGAGCUGGAGCCGGAUAAUGAACAUAAUUUUGAGCUUUUGAUGAAUAUUUACCGCAAUGUGGGUAGAUUGGAGGAUGUAGAGAAAGUGAGAAAAAUGAUGGCAGAUAGAGGAUUUGAUUCAUUAUACUAAUAUGAGGGUUUAUACAAUCAGAACUGUAAUUUUAAGGCUGAUUGAGAGGAGAAAAUCCAACUUGGGAGCUGGACUAUCGACCCAUUGAAUUGGUAUCUCCUUCAACCAGGCACUAAUAUGACAGAGAAUGAGUGUGCUUCUCAUUGGUUCUUUCAGAAAAUAGAUGAUUUCAGAAUAUCAACACGCAAGAAAUCUACCCAUAUGAGUAGGUGGUCAGAAAGUUCCAAAAUCUCACAAACCUAAAUUGAGCACAAAGAAGAUGGAUCAUGGGAACAAAUUCUACACUUCUCCAUUGUAAAUGAAGAAGCUAUCCCAACUUUUUUAUGUCCAUCCAUCCUGGAAAUUCGAAGUUAAAUUUUGGUUCUAACUUUCCA